GUCCGCCUUCGCUCUGCGCGGCCGCCGGAGCCCCCGGCCCUGAGCGGCUCCGCGGCCCGGCGCCCGCAUCCCCGGCCCCUGCACUCCUGUGGCCGCCGCCCCCCACCCUGAACAUGGACUCCGACUCUUGCGCCGCCGCCUUCCACCCGGAGGAGUGCUCCCCCAGUUACAAGAGGCGCAGGACUGUGGAGGAUUUCAACAAAUUCUGCACCUUUGUUUUGGCCUAUGCUGGCUACAUUCCUUAUCCAAAGGAGGAACUCCCUUUGAGGAGCAGCCCCAGCCCUGCCAAUAGCACGGCUGGCACCAUUGACAGCGAUGGCUGGGAUGCUGGGUUCACUGAUAUCGCUUCCACCGUGCCCCUGCCAGUCUCUGACCGCUGCUUUGGCCACCUGCAGCCCACCCUUCUGCAGCGAGCCAAGCCCAGUAACUUUUUGCUGGACAGAAAGAAGACGGACAAGCUGAAGAAGAAGAAGAAGAGGAAGCGGAGGGACAGUGACGCGCCAGGGAAGGAGGGGUACAUGGGGAGCCUGUUGAAGCUGGAAGCCGCUGAUCCCUACGUAGAGACCCCCACAAGUCCCGCUCUGCAGGAUAUCCCCCAGGCUCCCGGCGACUCCUGCUCAGGCUGGGACUCUGAUACGCCUUCCAGUGGAUCAUGUGUCACCGUGUCACCUGAUCAGGUCAAAGAAAUAAAAACUGAAGGCAAACGGACUAUUGUCCGGCAGGGAAAGCAGGUGGUGUUCCGGGACGAGGACAGCACUGGCAAUGAUGAGGACAUAAUGGUAGACUCGGAUGAUGACUCCUGGGACCUCGUCACCUGCUUCUGCAUGAAGCCGUUUGCUGGCCGCCCUAUGAUAGAGUGCAACGAGUGCCAUACCUGGAUUCACCUGUCCUGUGCGAAAAUACGGAAAUCCAAUGUUCCUGAAGUGUUUGUCUGCCAAAAGUGCCGGGACUCCAAGUUUGACAUCCGCCGCUCCAACCGGUCCCGGAUGGGCUCACGGAAACUGUUUCUGGACUGACUGUUGGUGAGCGAGGAGAGCAUGGGUGAGGAAUCAGAAAGGAUGAGGAGCCUCUCAGCCCCUCCCUUAGUUGAGCACAGGACUCUCAGCUCUGGUGCGGGCAGACCCCUGCCAUUCAGGUGCCUAAGCAAAAGGACAGGCUGUCCAAGGUAUAACCUGUAUAUAGCCAGUGACUGAAUAAAAUCCUCGUUGGCCAAAGCUGCUGCUAGAGCUGUGUUCUCUGCAGUGGAGGUGGACUAGCCACCCGAGUACAGUGGGUUCGGUUCAGCUAAAAAUGAGGGUACAUGGUAGUUGUGAAUUCUUUGCUAUCAUUGUUAACAAACUCCCGCUGGUUGGAACCCGUGCUAGCUGUUUUCCUGCUUCCGCUGUCUUGGGAGAGGAGAUGUUCAGUUUCCCAGGCCUGUUAACGAACAGCCAUACGUGUAAGCUUUUUCUCAAGUGUAAGUCUUUGACCAUAAGUGUCUGUACAGCAACCAUCGAGCUGCCCCUACCUUCGUGGCCUGCCUUCUCCCUGCCUUGGCUGGUGCCUGUGGGUCCCCUCGGGCUGCAGGCGAGAGUCCUCUGGUCUCACUUAGAGGAACACUGGGGCGGCGGUGGCCAUUGAUCCCUCGGUUUCUUUCUGUUUGUUAAAAGGGACAGUGUGCAGCCACUUCCCGGUGGAAAGGGGUUUGGUUGGGGGGUCGAGGUGGCCCAUGUUCAUAACUCAGUUUCCUGUUUUGCACGAUGUAAAAAACAAAAAACAAAAAAAAAAAAACCUGUCUUUUUGCACGAUAUAGCCAAAAGUAUUGGCAGAUUUCUGCUGGGGUGCCCAUUCCAGUUGGUGUGUGAGGUCCUCGGGGUGCCCAGGCGAGCUGUUUUCAAGUGAGAGGGCACUUAGGUUCACCUGUCCUCCUCUCUUUCCCUCACUGUAUUCCAGGAGCGACGUAAAAUUUAGGCAGUCACUGGGGAACGGCGUUCCUCUACAUAAGGAAGUAGAGAAGACUUGAAGGCCUCUCCUGUGGUGGUAUGCCUUCUUAGAGGCUGGCCUGCUGGUUUCACGGGGCAAGGGUAGGAUAUGAAGCCCCCUCCCCCUUUUUUUGGUCUGAAAUUGGUGAGUGAGCUAUAGGGUAACAUUGGGCUCCAGGAAUACGCACUGAACUGUGCAGACCUCCUUAGAUCUGAACUAGGACCCUGGACUGGGAGCCCCCUGAGCAGGCCAGCCCUGGAGAACCCCAGCACUUUGUGUUUGUAGUUCCUGCAGGGCACUGUCUGAGGGCCUGGUACCCUGGACUUCAGGUGGCUUGGGCCUGGAGGGAGAGGAAGGCUCCCACCUUUUCUGAGGCUGACAGUGCUCUUUAAACAGUUCAAAUACUCUCUCAAAAGUGUGGUGUUUUUUUUUUUUUUUUUUUUUUUGGUAAGUGGACGGGUGUGUCUUCAUACACGUUUCUUGUGAAGCAUGAAAAGGGAAGAAGGCCCAAGAUGGCCAUAUUUAUUUACAGCAGGGUGGACUCCUGUCUCUCUGCGGGGGGCCUUGAUGUGGCAUCCUCUUGCAGGGCCACCAGGGGGGCUCUGUUCAUAUUCUCUCCCUUAGGCACAAAGGGGUUUUGAACUCUUAAUUGGCCGAUCAGAGCCCAUUUUCUGUGCUAGUGUCUUUCAUGCUUCACCAGCCAACUGCUUUUUGUUUUGUUUUGCUUUUAAUUCUGUUGCUUAUAUUAACACAGAAAUAGAGAUAUAUUCUGAAACCCAGUUUAUCGUGAAGAUCCCCAAGGGAGAAGUUCUGCUGUAGAGAAAAAUAGUAAGAAGCGGGCUUAGAAACCACCUUCUCCCCAGACAACUGUCUGGCUCGGAUGAGGGCAAACGUCCAGGAAAAGUUGGAGAGGAAUUUGCCAAAGAUCUGCCCCAUGACAUUGCCUGUCCAGUGUCUUCACCAUGAGAAUAGCCAAAGUUCCAAAGUGUUUUUCUUUUAAAAAACAAAAACAAAAAACCUCCACUAAGUUUUAAAAGUGCAUUUAAGAAUACAUGUGAUUUUAGAGUGGAACUGCCAGCCCUGGCGAUUGCUGUAUUGCUUUUAGAAAGUUCUAUGCCUGGUGACACCUCUGGAAGGUACUUGAUAAUCAUUUCGAUCUGUUUCCUUCAUUUCCUUUUUGUUCUUUUAACAGAUCUAUCUAUCCCUGUGGGUGGUGUCUAGGAAUUCAAGACACCUUGGUUUUUGUGUUCACUUGAGCUGGGCAGCUGCAAUCAGCUUUAUGCAAAUUAGGCAUGGCCCAUCUAGGGGCUCCUGGUUGGUGGCUAAUAAAGUGAGGAGAGGGAAAGAUGUCACCCCAAAAGUAAGCACCUCUCAUUGGCAUUGGCCAGGCCAGACACUUAACAUCGUUUACAUGGUUCUGUGUAAUUAUAAAGUUUAUGUGUAUAAAGCGAAGCUGUUUCUGUGAAACUGUAUAUUUUGUAAAUAAAUAUAUUGCUACUUUGAGGUUCA